UCGAGUAGUGAACCGUUAUCCCUAAUUCCAUAAACCGAAACUCAUUAAACGCAACCAGACAAGUGCGCCUCCCUGCAUCUGCCAUCACCAUACUUUUCCUCGCAGACAUUAACUCCAUAGUUCACACCUCACACCCAACUGCCCCUCAUUAAUCACCAAACCCCAACCUCAAUCCUAAUCCUGUCUCCGUUUCCACUAUAAAUCCUCAAAAAACACAAAGCUACUAUCAGUACUUUUCACAAUGGCGAUGAGAAAUUACUGUUUGAGCUUGUUUACGGUGGUUUGUAUCGUGAUAUGCGGGAGCGGAAUCGGUGGUUCGGCGCAGUCGUUAGCCGACCAGUGUGCUUCGAAGCUACCGGAGGUGAUGACAUGUGUUGCGUUUGCGUCAGGGAAAGAGUCGACGCCGCAGAAGAAGUGUUGUGAUUCGGUGACGGAGAUGAAAGAGAGUAAUCCGGCGUGUUUGUGUUUUCUGAUACAGCAGAUCCAUAACGGAACCAAUCCGGCGCUUAAGUCCAUGAAUAUUCAAGAGGCUCGUCUUCUUCAGCUGCCUUCUGCUUGUAAAAUUGCUGGUGCAAGUAUCAGCGAUUGUCCAAAGCUGUUAAAGUUACCACCAAAUUCACCUGACGCUGCUAUCUUCAGUAAUGUAACUACUACACCCACCACUUCUCCAGCAACAGGAGGAACGACGUCGUCAACCUCUACAUCCCCUUCACAUGGGUUCAAGUACGAAGCACCCAUGUUCCUAGGAUCCGCCAUUGUUUCUCUACUCAUGUUUUACGUUUUAUAUUAGAUAAACGGUUUUAAUUUGAGGUCAGCUCAUGAUCUGUGUCGGAUUUUGUUUUUAUGCAUACCAGAAACAUUUUUAUAUCUUUUAUUCAGGUUGUAGCAAUUUAUAAGGUUGGUUGAUUUGAGUAUUCCAUUUUGCUAUA